UUCUCAAAAAAAAAAAAAUCUAUAUUCAGAAUUAUUAUUAAUUUAUUUCUGUCCUGCAUUUUUUGUACUGUUAUAAUUCUAUAAUUAUUUAAUUUAUCAGGAAGUGGUAGCAAUUUUAAAUUCCAAAAAAGCUAAGAGAUUUCCACUAACACGCUUUGGUUUUGAAUAUCUGCUUCUGGACCGAAAAGCUCUUCGCUUUUAUCUUUUGAUCUUUUUCUUUUCUUUGUUUGGCGAGAGAGAAAGUGGAAUGCUAAGACUGAAAAAAUCGGAAGAAAAUCAACGAUGGUGGUGAGAAAAGUAGGGAAGUAUGAGAUUGGAAGAACUAUAGGAGAAGGAACCUUCGCUAAGGUUAAGUUCGCCCAAAAUACCGAGACCGGCGAAAGCGUUGCCAUGAAAGUCCUCGAUCGUAGCACCAUUAUUAAACACAAGAUGGUUGAUCAGAUCAAAAGGGAGAUAUCUAUAAUGAAGCUUGUUAGACAUCCUUACGUUGUUCGUUUGCACGAGGUCAUAGCAAGCCGAACUAAGAUUUAUAUAAUCUUGGAGUUCAUUACCGGUGGUGAAUUAUUUGAUAAAAUAGUUCAUAAAGGUCGUCUUAGUGAAGCGGAAGCUAGAAGAUUCUUCCAACAGCUAAUUGAUGGUGUGGAAUAUUGCCAUAGUAAGGGAGUCUACCACAGAGAUUUGAAGCCUGAAAAUCUUUUACUUGACUCCCUGGGAAAUUUAAAGAUUUCAGAUUUUGGCCUUAGCGCGUUGCCGGAACAAGGAGUUAGCCUCCUCCGGACAACAUGUGGAACUCCAAACUAUGUGGCACCAGAGGUCCUAAGUCACAAGGGAUAUGAUGGUGCUGUGGCAGAUGUUUGGUCUUGUGGGGUCAUCCUUUAUGUUUUGAUGGCAGGUUAUCUUCCAUUUGACGAGCUUGAUCUCACCACUCUCUACAGUAAGAUUGAGAGAGCAGACUUUUCUUGCCCUUCUUGGUUUCCUGUGGGCGCAAAAUCCUUGAUUCAUAGAAUUCUAGACCCAAAUCCUCAAACUCGUAUUACAAUUGAGCAAAUCAGGAGCGAUGAGUGGUUUAACAAGGGCUAUGUUCCUGUCAGACUUCUUGAGUAUGAAGAUAUUAACUUGGAUGAAGUAAAUGCUGUUUUUGAUGAUCCAGAGGUUGAUACGGAAGAAAGGGGUAAUGAGCCUUCAGGAAAUGAGGAUAUGGGUCCUUUGAGUCUUAAUGCAUUUGACUUGAUCAUUCUUUCUCAAGGCUUGAACCUUGCAACGCUUUUUGACCGUGGGAAGGACAAUAUGAAGUACCAGACACGAUUUGUUUCACAAAAGCCAGCAAGGGUGGUUCUUUCUAGCAUGGAAGUUGUUGCUCAAUCAAUGGGCUAUAAGACACAUAUUCGUAAUUAUAAGAUGAGAGUUGAAGGUCCUUCAGCUAAUAAGAAUUCUCAUUUGUCAGUUAUCCUCGAAGUUUUCGAGGUCGCUCCCACAUUUUUAAUGGUAGAUAUGGAAAAAGCAGCUGGUGAUGCCGGAGAAUACCUAAAGUUUUACCAGGCAUUUUAUAGCAACCUCGAGGAGAUAAUAUGGAAACCACCAAAUGAAUCAAGCAAAACUAGGAUCACCAAAUCUAGGAGUAAAAGACGUUGACCUGUCAUCCCACAACAUUGCCAGUAUUUCAAUGGCAUAUAUGUUGUAUUACAACCUUGAGGUCAACGGUACGACCAACUUGGCCCAUGAAACUCCUCUCUUUGGCCCAUGAGAAAUAGGAAGCUGUAGUUUUUAUUUAUACCUUUUGGAUGGAUAGUGUUUGUAAAGCUCUCUUGUUUUUGAUUCAUAGCUUGUUUCCUUCAGUAAAUGCCAUCUGUUGUAAAAAUACUAGUCCACGAAGUACACAGAACAUUUUAGGGUUGGCUUUACCUGGAAGUCUCUUGUCUUGGAGUUUGUAUUGUGAUUUGUGUGUAAGAUGUUAUAUAUUUAUAAAAUUUUGACCCGUUAAUAA